AUGUCAAGCGGCGUUAAGAGAGACCGCGACGGCAACGCUCGUGCUAAGAAUGCGGGCCCGCCGAAGCAGUCUGGGCCAAAGGGGAGGUUUCAUGAUAUGUUUGAAGGUUUCCGCGAUGAGCUUGAUGAGCAUCAUGAUCGACGGGAGAGAAUCGUGAAGGCUUCGCGAGAUGUUACGGCUAUGAGCAAGAAGAUCAUUUUUACACUUCAGAGAGUCAAACAUCUCAACAAAGACUUCCCUCCUCACAUUCAACAAGACAUAGAUACUCGUCUUGAGGAAAUCGCCAAAAUUCUCAGCGCUAUCGCCCCCGAUCUGCAAAACGUCAACCGCUACCGCUACACCUCUCCCCUGCGAUGCCUUGAAGAAUUCGUCGAGGCGCUGUCUUUCGCACACUACCUCCGCCACCAAACUAUCAUCACUCCCACACAGGCCCAAGCCGCUAUGCCAGCGGAUAUGUCUCUGACGCCGCAUGAUUACAUGUAUGGUAUUUUCGAUCUCUUUGGCGAACUGAUGCGCUUCGCGACUGUCACGACAGCCCAGACGGGCGAGUUGGCCGGCAACGGCGAACGAAACAUCAUGGGCGAUAUUCAAGAGCUUGGAUGCGAGUUUGAGAUUUUGCCUGAUGUGCCUACCAAGGACUGGAGGGGUAAGAUGGGUGCGAUGAGGCAGAGUGUCAAGAAGGUUGAGAAGCUGGGCUAUGGACUGGUGGUGAGAGGCAGUGAGAGGCCCAAGGGUUGGGUGCCGGAUAUGAAGGAUGAUGCGCCUGAGCCUACAUCGCCGUGA